CUACACGCGAUAGAACACGCAAUUUGGCAACGAAUUUUGACAGAUCUCUGACAUUUGACAGUAACAGUGACAGAUAAGGAGAGAGGUCUUAUAUAUUUUUUUCCUUAUUGUAAAUUCCUUCAAAUUUCAAAUUUCUAUUUCAAAUCCAUUACAUUUAAUAAUUUUUAUAAUGACGCCAGAAGAGACUAUAGAAAAAUUUAAGCUACUGGGCUUAAGUGAACAGAAGGCUAAAGAAACUCUUAAGAACAGUAAUGUUACGAAGUUUCUACUUGCCGCACUCAAUGAGGUAGAUUUGAAGAAAAUACCGUCUGGUUCUGGCAUGUUAAUAUAUCACUUAGCUACAAAAAUCAAACCACAGAUUUCUCAUAGGUUAAGUUUCGUGUGUAGUUAUAUAGUUAGUGGAAAACUAGAUUCGACUCUUCGUGUUGAUGCUGCUUUAGGAUAUCUUUUGAGCCAUGUAAACGACACGGACAUAGAUGUUCCGACAUUUGAGGAAUCUUGUGGUGUCGGAAUUAUAGUCACCCCUGAACAGGUGGAACAAGUUGUAGAGAAACAUAUGGCGAAGUAUAAGCAAGAACUAUUAGAGAAAAGAUAUCGCUACAACUCUGGCAUUAUAAUGCAAGCUGUGAGAAGUGAACUACCAUGGGCAGAUGGCAAGGCAAUAAAGAAUGAAGUGGAUGUCCAGAUAUUGGACUUAUUGGGCCCUAAAACAGAAGCAGAUCUAGCACCUCCUCCUAAAGCUGAAAAGAAAUCCAAAGUUAGUGACACAGCCAAGAAAGUCAAAGAUGAUGACAAAAAAGUAGUAAAACCAGUCAAAUCAGAAUCUGUUGUGGAUGUUGGUGGUGGUGCAUCAAUUCUGGAAUUAAUGAAGAAGCUUCCAUUCCAUAGUCCUGGAGAAAAUUAUAAAUCAGAUGGUUACAUAGUAACACCGGAUACAAAACAAUUGCUUGAAGAACAUCUUAAAAUAACCUCUGGUAAAGUGCGAACAAGGUUUCCACCAGAACCAAAUGGUAUAUUACACAUUGGUCAUGCUAAAGCUAUAAAUAUUAAUUUUGGAUAUGCUGCUGCUCAUAAUGGCAUAUGUUUUCUGAGGUAUGAUGAUACUAACCCAGAGAAAGAGGAAGAGAAAUUCUUUAUUGGCAUCAAAGAUAUGGUAGAAUGGCUUGGUUACACACCUUAUAAGAUCACACAUUCAUCAGACUAUUUUGACCAGUUAUAUGAGUGGGCUGUACAAUUGAUUAAAAAGGAUUUGGCUUAUGUUUGUCAUCAGAAAUCUGAAGACAUCAAAGGUUUCAAUCCUCCACCAUCACCCUGGAGAAAUAGACCAAUUGAAGAGAGUUUACAGUUAUUUGAGGAUAUGAAAAAUGGCAAAAUAGAUGAAGGAGAUGCAACUUUAAGAAUGAAAAUAACACUGGAGGAAGGUAAACAAGACCCUGUGGCAUAUAGGAUUAGGUUUAAGCCUCAUCACCGAACUGGCAAUAAGUGGUGUAUCUAUCCAACUUAUGAUUACACUCAUUGUUUGUGUGAUAGCAUUGAACACAUUACACAUUCAUUAUGCACCAAGGAAUUCCAAUCUAGGAGGUCAUCGUACUAUUGGUUGUGCAAUGCUCUCGGAAUCUACUGUCCAGUACAAUGGGAAUAUGGACGACUAAAUGUAAAUUAUACGGUUGUAUCCAAGAGAAAAAUAGCAAAGUUAAUUGAUGAAGGAAUUGUUAAAGAUUGGGACGAUCCUAGGCUAUACACUUUGACGGCGCUACGGCGGCGUGGCGUACCGCCGGCUGCCAUCAAUGCGUUCUGUGCGUCGCUUGGCGUCACGGGUGCUAUCGCGGCCGUCGACCCCGCCGCGCUCGACGCUGCCACAAGGGACCUGCUCAACGUCACUGCACCGAGGGUUAUGGUAAUACUAGAACCAUUAAAAGUUAAAAUUAUUAACUUCCCGAGUGAAGGGCCUAUUGCAGUUAAUGUUCCUGACUUUCCAAAUGAACCAGACAAGGGUUCUCACAAAGUUGUUUUUAGCAAAGUGGUGUAUAUCGAGGCAACUGAUUUUAAAGAAAACCCGGAAAAAGGUUAUCGACGUCUGACUCCUACACAGUCUGUAGGGUUGCGACAUGCAGGAUAUAUAUUAAAGGUAUCGAAGCUAAUCAAAGAUGAUUCAGGCAAAUUGAUUGAAAUAGAAUGUACUGCAGAGACUACAGAGACAGCAGAGAAACCAAAAGCAUUCAUUCAUUGGGUUUCGGAGCCUAUCAGUGUCGAAGUACGAUUGUAUGAACCAUUGUUUAAACAUAAAAAUCCAGAAGACCCCAACGAAGUACCCGGCGGUUUUCUCUCGGAUUGCCGCGAAGACACGCUGAAAGUGGUUGAAGCGUAUGCUGACGUCUCUAUCCGAGGAGCCAAGAUUUAUGACAAGUUUCAGUUUGAGAGAAUAGGAUUCUUUUCUGUUGAUCCUGACACUUCAUCGAAUAGUAUUAUCUUCAAUAGAACAGUUUCUCUCAAAGAAGAUACAGGAAAAUAAAAUGCAUAAGUAUAAUAUUAAUAUGUAAAUUUUGUAUUAAUGAGUUUAAUAAACGUUUUAUUAAAGAAUGA